AUGCCUGCAUUUGACGAGGAUGACGACCGAUCUCAGGACGGGAGUUUCGACAACGAUGGUGAUGAAACCAUGCAAGAUCUGGAUGAUGCAGAUGCAGAUGCAGAUGCUGACGGCGAUGCUGAUGGCGAUGUGGAUCAUGAUGUGGACGGCGAUGGCGACGGCGACGGGGAUCUUGAUGCCGACGGCGAUGCUGAGGCUGAGGCUGAGGGCGAUGGCGAGGAGGAAGAAGAUGCUGAAAGUCAAUCUGAGCAAUCCGACAAUGAGGAUGCUUCCGGUGAACCGAACGCAACACAAGAAGGCACUCAACCGGCUGUGUCUACACAAGUUGACUCUUCCCGAGGAGCUGCAACGGGCUCAAACAUCUCCCCCGAAUAUCUUGAAGCACACACCUAUGAUAUCGUCCCAACCAUCGCUGCCCCCCACAGCACAUCAAUCAAUGCCGUCACCACUACUGCAGACAUGCGAUGGGUCUUUACUGGGGGCUCGGAUGGUUAUAUUCGCAAGUUUAAUUGGGUUGAUUCAGUCAACUUUAAGCUUGCCCUUACGGUGGCCCAACGGCACCCCUUCGUCGACAGUGUCGUGAAAGCUGGGGUUCUGAUGACUUACUGGGAGAAUUGGGAUGCUCGCCCCAGUACUACUCGAACCUUAUCCCCCGUUUACUCCCUUGCCUGUCAGAGUCAAGCGUUAUGGCUGCUGUCUGGUACCGCUUCAGGUCCCAUCAGACUACAAUCAAUCAGACACGACGAAGGCAGGGAGGUCGCGUUGUUGCAGAAACACACAUCCGCGGUCUCAGUGCUGACUAUCUCCUCUGACGAGAGAAGCUUGUUAUCCGGAAGCUGGGACAAGACAGUCUUAGAUUGGGACUUGAAUACCGGCCAAGUACGCACUACAUUCGCCGCCAGGGCUGGCCAGAUAUCUUCCAUCGAAGCUCGCCCGCUGUCAUCUGUGCCUGUGCCGGCCGAAUCAGGAGAAGUCGUUGUAACCAAUGGUACCUUCUCAUCCAACGAUGGUAAGCCCCUUACAAAUGGGGUCAAAAACGAGGCUCCAAGUCGGAAUGCUCAAGAACAUCCUACGGUUGCUACCCCUGAUUCUCUAUUUGGAGACGAUGACGACGACCUCUUCGGAGGCGGAGCUGGAGGGGUCUUGGGAAAUGGUGGUGAUCUCAACGACGCCUUUGGAGAAGAGGACGAUGAAAUGGCACGCGCAAUGGCAAACGGUCCACAGCCAGAAGAACUAGUGGAUCAUCCCAUGCUGGAUUCUGCAAAUCCGACCCAUGAAGCCGUAUCUCCGGCUCAAGACCAUCCAGAUGCCCCAGACCCCGCUGGCGAAGUCGCCAACGGCGUUCCAAACACUGUUGAACAGCCUCUCAUGAACGGCUUGCCGCAUGCAGAUGACCUCGAAAAGCAAGAAGACGGCCAGAACGACACCCAGGGCAGCGAAGCGCCGCCUACAUCUGACUCGACCUUCCUUGCGACAUCUAUCGAUGGGGCAAUACGUGUCUGGGAUCGGAGACAGUCUAAGCCAGUCGCGCGUAUCCUACCACGGAACACUCCUCCUUGGUGUCUGAGCGCAUGUUGGUCUCCUGAUGGCAACUUCAUCUACGCAGGCCGGCGAAACAACACCGUGGAAGAGUAUGACUUACGAAAAGGACUUAAGGGGCCUGAACGAGUCUUUCGAUUUCCAAAUGGAAGCGGCGCAGUCACGUCAGUAAAGGCCAUGCCUAACGGGCGCCAUCUAAUAUGCGCUUCAUAUGAUAUACUGCGACUAUAUGAUCUGAAAGAGUCACAGUCUCAACGCUCGACAGUCCCGUUCCUGAUUGUACCUGGUCAUCGGACUGGAGUUGUGUCACACCUUUACCUGGAUCCGGCUUGUCGGUUCAUGCUAUCUGCUGGAGGUAACCGGGGGUGGGAAGGCUCUUCCACCGAGGUCCUCCUGGGAUAUGAGAUAACGCCAGGCCGAUGA